CCUGACCCGAGAAACCUUGACGGAUCGGCAGGUGGUUUUUGCUAAUUUCGGAAUUAAUAAUUUAUUCUUCGCGCUUCGCUACCCCUUAUUGUGCAUUUGACGAGUGACGGACGCUGAAAUGUGUUCACUUACACCUGACACUUAACAAGAUCUCGUUCGCAUAUUAUUUCAUUCGCCAUGUUGGAUAAUUUAUUUACAUCAUGGCAGCCGAUUUUGUGAGGCUACGUCUAAAGAUAUUCAUGUCCUAACAGGUGGUCAGUGGGACAGACAUCGCAACAAACAUCCGUCGAUCGUGUUUUCCUGGACCAAUUGGAGGAUGUGCGAAUACCAAUGGCGAAUAUAACUGAUCCGCUGUUCGGAUGUUCAACGUUUUCGUGUUUUCUAAACCAGACACUAUGUCAAAAAUGUCGGUUUUCGUCUGCUCGACAGCUAAUAUGACAGGCCGGUUGGUAGCAUCGCCAGGGAUUUGAUAACUGGUCCAUGUGUGAUUUCAAGGAAGGAUAUUGCUAAUGGUAGAUGCUUCUCGCCUCGUGUAGAUCGGUGUUGUUGGAUAGAGUGUACAUUGUGUGUGUGCGGAAUCGGCAGUCGAACGUGCCCAGGUCAUCCUGUCCAGAUUGUGUAGAAGAAAAUUCAUUUGGCUUGCCAUCAGUUAUUUAUUAUAUGGCGUUUUCUAAACAUACGUGACGGGUUCAUAUUGUUUGGUACCCAAUUGUUUGAAGAAUAUUUCCAGUGUAAGAUAUCUGGGUUAUAACUGAACCAUUCAGGAACCAACCAAAUUAUCCUUAAUUUAUUCAAAAUGACUCAACCAUAAUCUGACAAAAUUAGAAAGGAGGCUUGUUUCGUUAUUUUACGCAAUAUUUGUAGAAUAUUUACAAAAUAUGCACACACAGUUAAUGGCAUCUUGUACAUAUUGACAUAUUCCUGUUAAUGUAUUAUGUUUUCAUUGAUAAUUUAACAGAAUAAUUUAUGACUUUGCACUAAUCACUAUUUAUACAGUUCUUAUAUGGAACAAUUUCUCUGUGAUUUCUUUGUGAUAUUUUACUUUUACACAAGUAUUAUUAAGUUUUAUUGGCCUGUUUUAUUUUAUCUCUGAUUAUUCCUUUUCUAGUCUGGAUAUACGUCAGUAUCUGUUAGGCAUUCAGUCCGAAUACCAACUUGGCAGUAUUCCGUAACGUAAUAUUGAUCACGUCAGAGUCGCUUGUAUGACGCAACCUGACUACCCUUGUUUUGCUCACCUGUGAUUGUGGUCGCUGAAACCAGUGAUGAAUAUUCAUUAGGAUUGUUGUUUGUCUUGAGCGACAAUAGUCGAAACAUUACUGAAGUGAACAUUGAAUGAAAAGUCGUUAAGGAUUUUGGUCCAGACAUCAGUGAUUAUAAUUAAUGAAACUUGUUAACAAUAUUCUAGCAUGUGUGGAGCCUCGUUUCUCUGAACGGAAAUGAAAACAUUCUGAUGCUAGUUGAACCUUGUUCUUGGGUAUUAGCCCUGAGAUAGUGGAAACAAACGUAGAAGUCGGUGCAGUCACAAAUCAUUUGCAUGUCAUCCAAACGAAAUAGCGAUUUGGUUAUCUUGGAAGAGUAUCAAGAACUGUUGGAAAACAUGUCGUCUGGAUUCACAAGUCCUGUCAAAAGUAAUGACAGUGAUGACAGCGCCACCUGGGGGGCGUGGCAGGCGCAGUUAAAUGCGUACGUUGCGUGGGUUAACUCCCAGCUGAAGAAGCGGCAGGGGAUCCGGCUGAUCGAGGACCUGCGUGUUGACAUGCGAGAUGGCGUGGCCCUGCUUCAUCUUAUAGACAUUGUUGGCGGAGAGAAGCUGACGGGGACCCACCCGGAUCCGUCUGGGUAUGGGGAGAUGAAAGAGAACGUGGAGAAGGUGCUACAGUUUAUGUGUAAAAGCAGAAUAAGGAUGCAUCACACCAACGCAGCAGAUAUUGUAGAUGGCAACCUGAAGGCCAUCAUGCGUCUCAUCCUGGCUCUGGCAGCUCACUAUAAACCCAACAGUGUCAAACACUCGGCAUACCAGCACUACCGCUCUCCUAGCAAGGGAAACCUGGCCGGGAUAGCACAGGGUGCAUCAGCAGCGUUAGCGGAUGCGCGACGCCAUGCAGCACGUGCCGGACACCGGUAUCGCCGCAGUAGGGACGCAGCUUUCAAUGAGCGACGGAAACGCCUAAGUCCAGAGUACUCAGAAAUAACAAGCAAAAUGUACCAGGAGAGUAGUUCCGACCAGUUCAGUGAGUCUGACGAAUGUUACCGCCCCACAAGUCGAAGUCGGGCCCGCCAUGCGCGGCGUGACGUGGAGGGCAGCAGCAGCAGCCCCACCACCAGCAUCUACGGCAGCCCUCGCACCAGCGUCAACCUCGACAAGCUGAAGGCGUCGUCACGGGAUAGUCUCAUAUCUCGCAGCAAGUCCACGGACUAUGUCACAGCUAAGGACAGUGGUGCAGAGUUUGAGGACACGAUGACGAUGAUCGACAAGACGCAGUACGAGGAGCUGCUGAACGAGUACUCGGAGCUGGCAGCGGCCAUGAAGGAGACGAGGCAGGAGCUGUCCAAGCUGCAGGAUCUGCUCCUGAGUGGCAAGGCUCCUGAAGGGGACAAUGAGAAACACGACGACAUGUUCGAAGGCUCGACACCUCACGAAAAAAUAGCGGUGUUGCGAAGUCGGCUGCUGCAGCAGAGUGAGCUGUGUGAGGACAUGAGGGCGGAGCUGUCCAAGUCGAAGAACGAGUGUAUGCAGCUCCAGGGAACUCGGUCCGGCCUCCAACACCGGCUCUGUGAACAGAACAUCUCGCUGUCCGCCCUCAAGUCAGAACUGCUGCAGAAGGACUUCCAGAAACAGAACAUGGAAGCGGAGAAGGCCAGCCUGUUGAAACAGCUCCAGGAGAGGGAUAAACUGAUCUCCGAUAUCAAGAAAGACAUUCAGAAGCGCGAUAACAAGAUCGACACUCUCCAGCAUGACCUGCUGCUACAGAUACAGGAGAAGGAAUCCACCACUCGCUGUCUCAAGUCCCAGAUCCAGGACCUGCACAACAAGCUGAAGGUGGUCGGGGAGACAGGGGCCACACUGUCCGCGCGAGUUGCCACUCAAGAUAAGAGAAUGGCCAAGUUAGAGGGUAAAAUAUUCCAUCCACACCCAGAAAACGGAAGUCCCACCGCUCGCAGUAGUGGCCCGGACGAGCUGCAGGCUGUGAGGGAGUCGCUGCAGAACCUGAGGCUGCAGUACCAGCCCACCGACCCCCAGUACAAGUCCGUGGACAGUCUGGAGCACAGCAUCGCCUCCCUCCUGGAACACCUGUACUCCUUCAGCAACUGUGCUACGCCUGUUAACAGGUCCAGUGUCAAUUCCGUGGAGUCUUCACCAAAGAGAAUGAACUACGACAAGGCCAGUGACGUGAGGAGAUCGUCAAACAGUUCCGCCACAGGUAACAAGUCCUCAGGGAUCACAGUGAACCAGCUGGACGGCCUGCUCGGGGGACAGGUGUGUACUAAAGUGCUGUACUUCACGGACAAGAUGGUCACGCCCUUCAUGUGCACCAUAUACAAGAGACUAGGGGAGAUAACUCUAAAGGACUUCAAGGAGCUGUUUGAGAAGCCGAACCAGUUCCGGUAUCACUUCAAGGCGCUGGAUCCAGAAUAUGGCACUGUCAAAGAAGAGAUCUCCAAUGAUGAUACUAUCAUCCCUGGCUGGGAGGGGAAGAUUGUAGCCUGGAUUGAAGAGGAGCAGAGUACAGCCUGCUGAACACAGUCUUCAGGAAAAUAGUAUUUAUUUCAUAUUGGAGUUUCCUGGAGACUGAUCGCAGGAAGUAACUCUGGCAAGUAGUGCUAUGUGCUGUGUCGCCUCAGGAGAUGAGUUGUCAAGGAGAUAGUAUUUACUCAUUCGGUUGGAUUUUCCUUGUGACUAAUUUAAGGAAUGGAAUGGACAACGCUACAACUUAACACAGAAGUGAUAUUGGAAGACUGUCUCAUAUGUUGUUGAGAUAAUAGUAUGUGUAAACAGAUGGCUGAAGUCUGGACAUUGCUGAGGAUUUUAACGAAGGAACUGGGAGGACAUUGUUUUAUCUGUGUGACUUAUUUACAAGUGAUAAAACUGCUCAUAGGAAACAAUGUGAUUGUUUUUAGAACAGGAAAUAAUGAGGCUGAAAUGUUCGUCCUAAUGAGAAGACACUGAACAUUGAGAAUAUUCCAGUUAGAAGUUGUUAGGAAAGCAGUCUUGGCAGAUUCAAACCAACAAAUUACCCAACAUUCCUUUGACACAUUCUGACCGGAUAGGUUGGAUAUUUCAGGGCUACAGCACACAACAUUCCUACUCCUAAGAUUGAACGCCUCCUUUUACCAAAGCAGAGACCAUAUACCGACAUGGUCUCCGACCAAUCUCAGAUACCAAAACCUGUAGUUUCUGAUGGCCGCUGUGUGUGUGAGCUACUUUGGUAAUCCUCGCUUAAUGAUAGUGCAAGCUGAAAGUAUGACUGCAUGGUACAGUAGAACGACCUGCAUCAUUUUAUUAAAACAAGUUUUCUGACAGGGUUAGCCGUAGGUUAAAUUGUCAUGAAGACGAGCUGACGCUGAUUUCGAAGUAAACAGGCUAAUGUUGAUGUGUUUGUAGGAAGGUGCUUCAAUAAUGCUUUCUUUUCUUCCAUGUGUUUCCGAGGUGUGGCCACUACAGGAAUGUUUCUUUUAACGAUAUGACAUUUUUUUAAAUGAUUAUGAUUGUAUAAGAUGACAUGGAAAACUUUAUGGAGUAGUUUUCAAAAUGUUUUCUGCAUGAUGUUUCAAAUGUUUGAUGGUUGACAACGUAUCUGAGUGGCGUACUUAGGUCGGGAACCAACUGGUGAUACGGCUUCAGAAAAUUGUUUGGGUUGAGGUCUCUGGUGGGGGUUGGUGAUAGGUGUUAGACAGCACUGGGCGUGUUAUGCCAGCUGUGUUGAAAGGCCAGUGUAACACAUUGUGUCAUGCCAGCUGUGUUGAAAGGCCGGGUGUAACACAUUGUGUCAUGCCAGCUGUGUAGAAAGGCCGGGUGUAACACAUUGUGUCAUGCCAGCUGUGUUGAAAGGCCGGGUGUAACACAUUGUGUCAUGCCAGCUGUGUUGAAAGCCUUUGUGUCAAAUAUUGUGAAGCCAGCUGUCAUGAAAGGCCGGGUGUCACACAAUGUGUCAAGCCAGCUGUCAUGAAAGGCCGGGUGUAACACAUUGUGUCAAAUAUUGUGUCAAACCAGCUGUCAGGAAAGACCGGGUGUAACACAUUGUGUCAAAUAUUGUGUCAAGCCAACUGUCUUGAAAGGCUGGGUGUAACACAUUGUGUCAAGCUGGCUGUCAUGAAAGCCUUGGUGUCACACGAUGUGUCAAACAUUGUGUCAAGCUGUCAUAUAGCUGGAAUAUUGCUGAGUGCGGCGUUAAACAACAAACCAACCAACCAAUAACAGUUGUAUGUUACAGAACUGCUUCCAUUGUGAACUGCUGAUGCUGCGUAAAACAGUACAAUAAUCACUCACUCUCUCCAGUGAGAACUAGAGAUGUUUACCAAACACCAUCUCGGCAACCUUUCAUACCAAUUUCUAAAAACACCUUCAGGGGGCACGGGUGGCCCAGUCGUCUAAGGUGCCGCGAUUCGCUGUGCAGAGUUGCAUCCCCAUGAUUGUGGGUUCCAAUCCCGGUUCGCCCCGAUUAUGUUUCUAGGUUUGUCAGCACCAUACCUGUGCUCAUGGGUUUCACCGAAGUGGUAAACAUCUGAGACCUGCAUCACUUGGGGUUUUCCUCCCACAUUAAGCUGACACGCCAUGAUAUAACUGGAAUACUGUUAAAAGCGGCAGUAAAACCCAACUCACUCACUCAAGACACCUUCAACAAGUAAUGAUUUUCUGAACCUGUUUUACCAGUACUACCUUUCAAGACUAUUCACAAUCUCUAUGACAAUGUUUCAUUACAAAUAUCCAGUGAGUUUGGACCACGUCUACUGAAGUUAUCCUAUGCUAACUUGUGGACAUUUCUCAGAUCCUCACCAUCACUCGGGCCCGACUGUGUCAUCAUUGCCUGAGAUCGAACCUCCCACUGCCUCAAAUGCCAAAUAUCCAUUGUUUUAAGAAUGCCCACGUUGCUGUUGUCACCAUCACCCCAGCUGCGCUGGUUUCCCUGUAUCCUGUACGCAGCCAUCAGUUGUCAUGGGAACCAAGGGGCACCUGCUACACCCAGUGACAGCCCUAUUUACAAUAUAUACGUGGGUCUCAUAACCUGGCGGACCAAUUUUGUCCAGAUAUGAACUAAUCCUGUUUGACACUGUUUCAAGUGAUUUCUUAAAGGCUUUGAGGCCGGUUUAUUUAUGUUUCACAGAAACUGAACUUUAAUUUUAUGAGAUUGAAAAAAAAAAUGAUGUUUGAUUUUUGUUUGUAUAAUUGUUAAACCUUUAUUUUGAAUUGACAAAGAAGAUCUUUAAAACAAGAUAUGAAAUUGUUCUGGCCUUUUAUGAUAUCCUUACCUGACACGUAGGCCAUUUUUCAUAUUUACAGGUGUUUUCAGGUAUUAUCAGUUUUCUGCCAAAUGUGAGCAAGUAGAAACAUUACAUGGUGGACGGAGCACGGGUGGCCCAGUCGUCUAAGGCGCCGUGAUUCGCUGUGCAGAGUUGCGUCCCUUGGGAACGCCAGAAACCCAUGAUUGUGGGUUCGAAUCCCGGUUCGCUCUGAUUCUGUUUCUAGGUU